AUGCGCUUCAUCGCUAUUGCCGCUCUUCUUGCAUCCAGCCUUCUUCUUGUAGAGGGAACCGCAAUCCGCGACAAGCGUCAAUCCUGCGGGUGUGCUCCACGAGUACAACCAUCUUGCUCCUGCCAACGCACAACCUACACCCAACCCCAACAGUUCAGCUGCUCCUGUCAGAACAGUGCUCCAAUUCAAAAGUCGUGCUCAUGCGCUCAGCCGGUCAAACAACAAACCUACCAAGUGCAAACUUCUCAAUGCGCUCCAGCUUGUCAACAGUCUUGCCAACAGCAAUGUCAAGCCGCUCCAGCUGUUAGCCAGUGCCAAUCCUCAUGCCAAUCCUCCUGCCAGACAUCUUCCUGCUCUGCUCCAGUGAUCACCACCACUCAAGCAUACUGCCAACCAUCAUGCAUGCCAGCUUGUGAGCCACAAUGCGUUGCUCAGACCUCAGCUCCAGUCCAAUGCAUGCCACAAUGCCAACAACAGUGCCAACAACAAUGUGUCCAGACCCAACCAAUCCAACAAUGCCAGCCACAAUGUCAACAACAAUGUGUUCAACAAUGUGAUAUGCCAACCACAACUGUCGCUCCACAAAUCAUCAAGAUCAACUUGGAAAUCAGCGCUCAAUGCGUACCACAAUGCCAGCAAUCCUGCCAACAACAAUGUGUUCAGCAACAGGUCCCAGCUCAGCAAUGCAACCAACAAUGUACUCAACAGUGUCAAACCACCUGCCAACAAGCCGUUCCACAAUGCCAACAACAAUGUGCUCCACAAUGUCAGCAACCAGCAGCUCCACAGUGCCAGCAGUGCCAGUCCACUUGCCAACAAUCCGCUCCAGUUGUCCAGCAACAAUGUCAGCAACAGUGCCAACCACAAUGCCAACAACCAGCAGCUCCAGUCUGCCAGCAAUGUCAAUCCUCUUGCCAACAGACCCAGCAAUGUCAGCAACAGUGCCAACCACAAUGCCAACAGCCAGCAGCUCCUCAAUGCCAGCAAUGUCAAUCCGCCUGCCAGGCUCCAGUGAUGACCACCACCUCUGCUCCACAAGUUGUCACCAUCAUCCUCGAGGCAUCAGUCUCCCAAUCAGCUCAAUGUGAACCACAAUGUCAGCAAUCCUGCCAACAACAAUGCGUUCAGCAACAACAACCAGUUCAACAAUGUGCUCCAGCCUGCACUCAAUCCUGCUCCCAAUCCUGCGCAGCUGCUCAACCAGCUCAAAUGCCAUGCCAGACUCAAACCGUCAACUCCUGCAGUUGCCAGCAAAACUACUCUCCAUGCGGAAACGGACAGUGCUGCAAGAGAAAGUGA